UUUAAAUAAACAUGUCGGAUUAUAUACGAUCUGCUAUAGGAUACUUAAAUGGGGGAACAAAUACAAAUGAAUAUGUCGGACAAAUUUUGGAAAUCAAUAAUGUAAAACUUCGUGUGAACAGAUUAAUCGCCGAAGGUGGAUGGGCUUUGGUGUUUGCAGUAGAAGAUGUUUCAAGUGGAAAGGAAUAUGCACUUAAGAGACUCAUUGCAGCUGAUGAAGAUACUAACAAAUCUAUUAUACAAGAAAUAGAUGUAUUAAAAAAAUUGUCAGGCCAUCCUAAUAUUAUUCAAUAUUUGCAUGCACAAUGUUUAGAAAGAGAAGGUAGUAAGAGUGUUGAAUAUUUACUAGUCACAGAAUUAUGUCCUGGUGGGACUCUUGCUGAUAUACUUCGAAAUGUUGCUUCAAAUUCAUUAACACUUGCUCAAAUAUGUAAAAUUGCCUACCAAGUAACAAAAGCUGUUCAUCAUAUGCAUAAUCAACAGCCUGAGCCAUUUGUACAUCGUGAUAUCAAAUUGGAAAACUUUUUAAUUGGAUCUGAUGGUCUUAUCAAAUUAUGUGACUUUGGAAGCACUACAACUAAUCAAAUUUUACCAAAUCCAUCAUGGAAUGCCCAAAAACGUGCUACUUUAGAAGAUCAAAUGGCAAAAUGUACGACACCUAUGUAUCGUGCUCCAGAGAUGAUGGAUACAUGGAACAAUGAACCUAUAGGACCACCAGUUGAUUGUUGGGCACUUGGUUGUAUUUUUUAUUCUUUAGUCACUUUGCGACAUCCUUUUCCAGAUGGUAAUAAGUUAGCAAUUCUCAAUGCUAAAUAUCCACCAUUACCUCCUAAUCCUCGGUUAGCAUGUCUUCACGAAUUAAUAAAAGGAUGUUUAAAUAUUUCACCAACGCAAAGACUUACAGCAGCCAUGUUAUUAGACCGACUUGCAGCAAUUGCAGAAUCAAAUAAUUUUGAUCCUAGAGAAUCUCCAAAAGUGGAAACUGCAAUUAAACCUCUUCCACCUCCAAGGCCAACACCACCUUCUAAUACACAAACACCACCACCAAAACCAGCUUCUAUAGCAACAAUGCCACCUCUUAGGCCUGUUCCAAUUCAACAAUCUACAGUUAAAUCAACAGUUGUAGCACAACCAGUCGGCCUAUUUAGUUCAUUAAAGGGUGGUGCGGGUAGUUUUUUACGUAAUAUAAAGGAUACUUCUAGUAAAGUGAUGCAUACUGUACAACAAAGUAUGGCAAGAACUGAACUGGAUGCUAGUUAUUUAACGUCACGAAUAUUAAUAAUGCCGUAUCCAGCUGAUGGUAUAGAAUCUGCCUACAGAGCAAAUCAUGUAGAAGAUGUAAGGAAUUUUCUUCAAUCGCGGCAUCCACCACCAACUCGUAUUCAGUUAUAUAAUUUAUCUCGUGGACGACCAAAUGUUGCUAGAUUACCUGGGAGACAUAUAGAUUGUUCAUUUGCUUAUGCAUCUGCAGAUUCUAAUGCUCCUUUAUUAUCUGCAUUAUAUCAAAUUUGUCAAGAUAUAUAUAGAUAUUUGAAUGCUGAUUUUAAUCGUAUUGUAGUUUUAUAUUGUACAGAUGGAUAUCAUGCAAGUGCUACAGUGGCAUGUGCCCUUCUGAUUUAUGCUAAAGCUUUAUUUUCUAGUGAAGAAGCAAUAGCAUUAUUUACAACAAGACGUUGUUUACCCCCACAUUUGCAAUCAUCCGAAUUGCGCUGUAUUAAUUAUAUGACUUUUCUUAGCAAUGGUACUCUUCCUCAUACUAAGCCUUUAAUACUUCGCUCUCUUGUUAUACAGCCAGUACCAUUAUUUACAAGAGCAAAAGAUGGCUGUAGGCCUUACAUUGAGAUUUAUAGCAAUGGUGCACAAGUCUUUUCGACUAAGCGACAAAUAUACGAAGAAAUGAGAUUAUUUGGUAUGAUGGAAGGAAAAGUAUGCAUAAUAAUAGGAGACGCAACAGUUCGUGGAGAUGUUACAAUUGUUUUAUUUCAUGCGAGGCAACAGCUUGGACGUGUUAUUGGAAUUAAAAUUGCUUCAUUGCAUUUUCAUACAGGUUAUGUGUCUUUGAAUGAAAAUGCUUUAAUAUUUGAUAAACAGGAUUUAGAUGAGGUUCCAGAAGUUGGAGGAAAAUUUCGUAUUAUUUUAAAUGUUAUGUUUGGUAAAAACAAUUCAAAAUUAUCUAGAGUACCAGCUCCAUGGGAAGCAGAAGAAAGUUCCAAACUUGUACCUGAUCCUUUAUUUGGAUCAACAUUGGAGAUGGAAGAAACAUUAGAGAACUUCAGAACUAAUGUAGAAAAGACUGAAAAUAAUGAUACACCAGAGUCUGUGCCUGAAACAUCAAUUGAUAACAUGGUGCAAGAGGAAAUAUCCCCCAUACAAAAUGCUAUACAAGAAAAAGAAGAUAAAAAAGAUGAUAUACUUCAAGAAGCUGACUUAUUAAAUCUAGGACUUUCAGAUAGCAAUACUGUUAAUAAUCCUAAUCUUACACCUGCUAUGGAUUCAGGAUUUGAUAUAUUCUCUAGUUCUAGUCAAAAUGAAAAUGAUCUCUUGGGAGGAUUUGGUGUGUUUACUCAGCAAGAAACAACGAAAAGCUCCCUAUCUACAAUUAAUGAUGCUGUACAAAAUGACUUAUUAUUUGGAAAUGAUCAGUCUGUUAAAAUUGAAAGUAGUAAGAGUAAUGUUAAUGUGAGUAAUCUACUUUUUGAUCAGAACCAGUCGGUAACUAAAGAAACAACUGAAAUAUUGUUUGAUCCUUUGAGUGAUACCUCUUCAAGUAACUUUCUUGGAGGUCUGACAAAUUCAAAAUCAAAUGUAUCAAAGGUGCCAAAUAUCGAAGAGAACUUCCCACGGAAUGCAAGUGUACCAAAUUUUGCAGCACAAAAUAAAGAUCCAUUUGCAAAUCUUGCUGGGUCAUUAGGAACAGGUCUUACAUCUAGCUGGAAUGGAACACCAAGAAAUUCUAAUACACCUCAAUCUGCUAGUCCAGCUCCUGCUAGUACUCCCAUUCAUUCAAGUCCUAGUAUGCACAAAUCUAAUACAACUAAUGACGCGAGUAGCAGUGAUAUCAAUGCAUUCAGCAAUAAAUCAACAAAAACAAGUGAUGCGUUUGAAGACUUACUUGGUAGUCAAGGAUACAAUUUUUUUAGCUCCCGAAAAGCAGAAAAGGAUAGCCCAAAAACAAUAAAUCAAAUGCGCAAAGUAGAAGCAGCUAAAACAAUGGAUCCAGAUCGCUUGAAAGUUACAGAAUGGACUGAAGGAAAAAAAGGAAAUUUACGCGCUCUUCUUUGUUCAUUACAUACGGUUUUAUGGCCUGAAGCUGAAAGAUGGCAACGUUAUGAAAUGCAUCAAUUAGUUACUGCUGCUGAUGUUAAGAAGGCAUAUAGGAAAGCAUGCCUGGCUGUACAUCCCGACAAGCAAACAGGAACUGCAAAUGAAAACAUAGCAAAAUUAAUAUUUAUGGAACUAAAUAAUGCUUGGACCGCAUUUGAAAAUGAUACAUCUCAACAAAACUUAUUUAGUUAAUUCUUAAAAUCAUUGUUAAGGGUGCAAAUUUAUCUCUAUUACCGUCAUAAGUUUUAGAAAGACAAGCUAAAAAUAUAUUAUAUUACAACUGUUUCGUUUAAUGUAACAUAAUUCUAUAUUGCAUUCCAAGUAUUAGCUAUGGUCAGGAACAAAAUCAAAUCAGUAUUUUAUUAAAUACUGUGUAAAAUUACAUUAUUUCUAGCCUUAGGAGUCUAGUUAAUGUAAUGUUUAACAUAUAUGUAUAUAAGGCAAAUAUAAAUUAAAAGAUUCGAAAUAUAUAAAAUAUUUUCCGCCCAAAA